AUGAGAGGCAGGGCCUCCGAAUUUCAUCACUCGAAGAGCCCGAAUCCGGAGCCCGCUGCCCCGGCCAAUGCACCCGAUUCGCACAACAGGAAGGUCUCCGAGGCCGACCACGAACACGUCGUCGUGGAUUCGGCCGCUGCCAGCAAGACCAAGAGGCCGGCCAAGAAAUCGAAGAAGCACAGGAAGGUCGAGGGUUCCGCCUCGAGAACAACACUCGAGCCCGUGGGAGGGGCUGGCGCUAGCGUCGGAGCUGCAUCCGUUGGCGCCGCAUGGAUGGCGCCACCGAUCGGGGACGUUGACAAGCGGACCAGUUCCGCCUCGGGUUCGGGUGCUGAAACGGCUUCCCCUGGCCCGGACGCCCCCAGCAUCGCGCUGUCUCCUAUCGCCGCGCCCAACGAGGUGGCCAAAGGUCCGAAGGCCUGCGCCUACACUUCCGGCUUGCCAACACAAGGAGGUGCAGGGCGUCAGUCGGCAAAGGACGCCUCCGCAGACCGGGAACCUGGCGCCGUCAACUCCUCCGGCGCGACCGGCGCUGUUGCUACCGGUGGCCGGGCGAAAGACGCGGUCCAGAGCUCGGGCUCCUUUCAGCUCUUGGCUGCUGGCCCCGGAAAUCCGGCACAGGCGAGUACCAGAGCUGUGAGCCCCUUCCGGACUCCUCUUGUCGCCAGCGCGAAGUGUGCCAGCGCUUCGACACAGCUGGGAGAAGGCACGACAUCGUCACCGCCAGUACGUAAAACAACAACAACAAAAAAAGUAGCCCGCAAGAACAGCUAG